AUGACUCCCAGUGUAAAACUUCAGAGGAAGCGUCUGAAAAAAGUUCCUAGCUGGAAGGAUGUUAAAUCAAAAAAAGAACUAAAUUUAGGGUUGGAUCAUAAUAAUAGAUCAGGUAAAAAUAAAAGUGCAAAAACCAUGGGUCUACCUUGUAAAUGCAAGAUGAAAUGCUUUGAUAAAAUUAGUGAUAAUAUAAGGAAAACAGUAUUUGAUGAAUACUGGGGUUUGGGAGACCAUGUCCGACAAUGGGAUUUUAUAUCCAGAUGUGUAAGGAUAAAAGAAAAGAAAGUAGCAACCACGUCAUCAAAUUCACGUAGAGCAUUAUCCAGAGAAUAUUAUAUACCCAUUAACUUCGUCGAAAUAAAAGUGUGUAAAGUGAUGUUCUUAAACACAAUUUCAGUAACUGAAAAAAUUAUUAGUACUGUUUCUAAAAAACUGAAUAUGUCUCCUGUAAUAGAACAUGACAUGAGAGGUAAACAUACAAAUCGACCACAUGUGAUUGGUACAACAGUAAUUGAUUUCAUUAAGGAACAUAUUGCAAUGUUCCCAACAGUUGAAUCACAUUUAUAG